AUGUUAGCUCGUGGAAAGCUUAAAAUCAAACCUAAUCUUUCGAAAGCAGCUAAAACUCAAAAGAAAACUGAGCCUCCUGCAGAAACUCCUUCCCAAGAACCUGCAAAAGCGCCUUUAGAAGCAUCAUCUGAAGUCACGAGUAUUGCUGAAGAGAAAACGUUUUUAAGUCCUCUUAAGAAAGAAGUUCCUUCUGUAGAUGCAAAUUAUACCUUAGAAGUUAAAGAAUCAUUUGCAAUCCCUAUUGAUCAAACUCUACAAGUUCAAACUCCUAUAGCUAACGAUGUAAUCGAAAUAUUAUCUCCUAGAAGAAGAGUAGCUCCAAUAAUAAAUGAGAAUAACAUUCCUCGAGCAAGGUUAACCUCAACUUGUGAAACAGCUAGACCUCAAAAUAAAAAGAAGAAGUUCAGUGGCGAUGAAGUAUUAGACACAAAGAAAAUGCGAAUGAUGGAUAUGAUUUAUUGGAAUCCCAAGAAUGAAAAAGCGCUCCUUAGGAAAAAGGAAGCCACAGAUGUUAUAUUAACCCCAUUGGAUAAGCCACCUGUGCCGACCGUAAGCAGUCCUACGAAAACUUCUGCUCCACAAGUAAAAGUUGGGCCGGAUGGCAAGCUUGUUCUGGAUGAAUCUAGUUUGUAUGUAGCUGAAACUCAGCAAGAUGUCUCCAUGUGGGAAACCAUAGACGAUGAUCGUCUCUCUCGGAAAGUAACUUCUUUGUCGUUUCGUAAUCGUUUGUGGAGAAAGGGAACAGCUUGGACGAAGAAGGAAGAUGAACUGUUUUAUGAACUUUUACGGUGUACGGGUACAGACUUCGGUUUGAUGCAUCAGUUUUUCCCUAGUAGAGCUCGAAAUGAAUUGAAAAGUAAAUUUAAUCGUGAAGAACGAACUAAUUGGGAAAAGAUGAAAGAGGUUAUGAGUCUUCCCGCGGUUUUCGAUGAAUCAUUGCGUGAUAGAGCCGAAGCGCUAGCCAGAGAAAUUGAAAAAGAAGCAGAUGAGAAGAAGCGGAAAAAAGAAAAGGGAUUCAGAGUUCAUAAACGAGAAAAGUCUGUUGCAUCGGAAGAAUGGGAUGAAUCGACAGCCAAUUUAGUCGUGGAAGCAGAACAAAUUAUUACAGAUCUCCAACGGCGAGAACCAUUAGAAUCUGUAGAGAAUAAUAAUUCUGACGCUGCUGGCGGAGCUAAUGAUGAUUGCACAGAGAUAACUCCAGCUGAGAACGCUGAACAACAAACAGUGAAAGAAGUAGCUCCUGUUGCUCCCAAAAAAGCUCUCUCUGCUAGUGCAAAACGCAUAUUAGAAGCCACCAAGAGAAUGGUAGAGUCACGAAGAGUAAAGGAUGCACGGCGGAGUACAGUUUUGUCGGUUUAA